CAAAAUAGGAAUAUUGAUUGGCAUUUGCUAUUAAUCAGAUUUGUGAUGGUAGUUGGCAGUUGGAAGGAUAUUGAAGCAGGACACGAUUGGUCUUAAUUUUACUAAAAAAAACAUUUAAAUAUUCGACAAGUAGAAACCAAUCCUUAGCUGCAAAUUAAAUUUGUUUUAUAACAUGAUACAGAUCUUAAUUACAACCAUUACUGAGCACUUUUUGUGCUUUAUGAAAAUCGGAGCUUUAGCAUUCCGUUGCGUAGAUUGUCAUUCAAGUGUUUACUGGUCAAAAUAGUUUGGUUGUGUGCGUGUGUGGAGAGCGAGAUAAAGCACCGAAUGAGUUUGUUGUGGGAGGAUCAUUACGGAAUCGAUUAGAGAACAGAGACGCAGCUUGUGAGUGAAUGAUUCCAUUCGUAAACACAAAACUGAACUGAAAUGAGAGAAUGAGUCGAUAUUUAUAUGUAUUUGCGUCGGUGCUGAGCAAGGAAGAGAAUUGUUACAUAUAAUCAACAUUCAAAAGUCGAAAGAAAUUAAGCAAAGAGCAAGUGACUGUAGUCAGAAGACUGUUAGAGGCUUUUGUCCCGCGGAGCAGCAAAGGAGUUUUCUUUCAUAGCUCUUGAUUUUAGUGUCCAGCCAGAUUUCCAAUAGGAGAAGAAAAAUAAGUUCUAAGAUUGCAGUCGUGAAGGCACUUCCGUGGGCGUCUUGAGGUAGGAUAAGGCAUCCAUCCGGGAAGUCGUCAGAUGCAACGCACAAAGCACGCAGGAAGUCGAGGUUUUGCAAGGAUUCGUGUGAAUGGUCUGGGAUUUGAGGCGUAUCGAUAAACCAAGGGAGGUGCCCUUGACAGAAAGAAAAGUGGAUUAGCGGAGAAAAUCAGAGCGCCAUUGUUGUAUUCUUGGCUUUUUCGAAAAUCUGUGCUUGUCGAAAGUUCUAUCAGUGGCGAAAAGUGCCUGAAAAGUGUUUUGAACGCCAUAAGCUGCGAACGUUUAAAGGCCAGCACCAUCAGGAGUGAUCGACUUUUUAUCCAAGGAAAAAAAUCAGCUCAUACAAAAACGAUGACGCAGUUUUUGUUUUGAUCAAUUUCAUAUUUUUUCGCAACCUUCUUCUUAAGAACAACAGAGAAAAAAUAUGAAUAUUGGGUUCGCAGUUACAGAAAUCGCUACUGAAAAUGUCCGCCGAUUCCCAGCGACGAUCAGCGUCCAGCAGCAGCUCGUCGGCGGCUGCUGCGCGCUGUAUGCCGGUGAUUGUGCCCCCACAGGCCGUUAGUGAUCGCUCGAUCAUCGACAGUGUGGCUGGAUUCAUCAACGAUGUAGCAUUGCAGACCCAAACGCCGCAAGGCGAUGGUAAGGAUCACAUCCUGUGGGCCCGAUUCGAAAGCACCGCUGACAUUAGCGAUCCCUGUCUCGGGGACGAUUGGGAGCUGGAAGGGGGCAUCGCUCCACCGCUCUUGCUGAUUUUAGGCUACGUCAACGGAAUUCAGGUAUGGAUCAUCCCAGCGAAUGGGGAAGCUAUUGAGGUGCUCUCGUGGCGUCAUGGAAGCGUGAAGUGCUUGCGGGUUCUGCCCACACCAUCAUUCGGUGAUGGCGAAUCGGCCACCGAACCCAACGACCAGUUCAUCCACAAGCGACCGCUCAUUGCUCUGUGUGACUCAGCCUCAACUGGAGCCGUUGGCAGCAGUGGUAGCAUGUCAAGCGGCAAUCAAUCACAGUACUGUUCGAUUAACUUCAUAUCACUAAAGGACGGCGAGAACGUGAAGAGCAUCAAGUUCAAGAAUCCAAUAGUGGAUAUCCUUGCGAAUCGCUCUUCGGUAGUAGUGAGUUUUACGGAGCGUAUUGCUAUCUUUGAUGCCCGUACGCUUGAAGAUCGGUUGACGGUUACCACGUGCCAUCCAAGUCCCGGGUUGAACCCUAACCCGAUAGCAUUGGGUCCGCGCUGGAUUGCGUAUGCAGAAAAGAAGUUGAUGGCGUCUAAACGAUCCAGCGGAGGCUGCGACGGAGAUGGCGUCACUAGCUAUACGGCCACCGUGUUGAAUGCGGCAAAAAGCUUAGGAAAAGGCUUAAGAGAGCUAGGCGAACAGAUGGCUGCCGGACUGACUGGAGGCAGUCAUUCCGGGCCAAGUUCAAUCAGUGGAACAUCCAGUGGAUCGGUAGGAAACGUAGCAGGUGAAGGCAAUCAGCCAGGAAUUGUUACGAUACUUGACAUCAAGUAUCCGAUUAAGGACGUUAGUCCUACUACGGGAACACCGAUUACCAGCACCGGAAACGACCCAAUAAUUGCACAUUUUGUGGCUCAUUCCGAAGCCAUUGUAGCUUUACAAUUCGAUGCUUCCGGAAUGAUUCUGAUUACGGCGGAUAAGCGUGGACAUGAUUUCCAUGUCUUCCGAAUUCAUCCGCACCCCAGCGGUCCUUCGUUGGCGGCGGUUCACCAUCUGUAUAUUUUGCAUCGCGGAGACACUACAGCCAAAGUACAGGACAUAGCGUUCUCUUUAGAUUCUCGAUGGGUAGCGAUCUCAACCUUACGAGGAACCACUCAUGUCUUUCCGGUAACUCCCUACGGGGGGCCCGCUGGAGUUCGGACGCACGGAUCACCUCACGUUGUAAAUAGAUUAUCUAGAUUUCAUCGGUCUGCUGGGCUGUCGAUUGAUGGUCGGUCCAGCAGUCCCGUUUCGCACUUGGAACACCCUUCGUCUCAGACGCCGACAUCCGCUUACGCCAAUCCACGAAUUCCACCGUUUCCACAUCCCACUAUCGUGCAACCCCUGGCUCAGCUGCGACAGCCCACCACUCUUGGCUCUCAGACGACGGCCGGCAUGAACGCCAAGAGUGCUGGAGGCAAUGGCCGUCAGCGCCACUCAUCGUCCUCGUCGGAUGAUCUGAUAAAACCGCUCAGAGUUUGCGCAAUGUUCGCGAAGGCUCGUUCCUGGCUGUUGGAUCCGCCGGGAUCGGCUAGAGAUACGCCGGCUCAUCGCAUCCAGCGAAAACCGGUGGACUCGCUGUUCAUCAUUGCCGCACACGGAGCGUUGAUUCAGUACGAUUUGGAACCGAAACAUGCAACCAAUAUCCCCAAAGAGAAAGUAUGCGAUGACACACCGAUAGAGCUGGAAGUGGAAGCCCGGGCACAGUGGACACUGCAGCGCCAGGAGAGUGCCAACGCGAACGACAUCCAGCCACCGCUACCGUUGGACAACUGGCUGGUGAAGGAUCGCUUUCUCGACGAUACCGGCGGGGACGUGGGCAGCGACUACGGAAGCUUCGAUCAUCAUCACCGUGGAGGCGGCGGCGGCGCUGGCAGUGGCAGUGAUCAUCGGGGUAGCACCAGCAGCAUCGAUCAUGAUGAUCGCUGGCUUUCCCAGGUGGAAAUUAUUACCCACGCUGGGCCUCACCGUCGCCUCUGGAUGGGACCGCAGUUUAUGUUCAAAACAUACAACACACCGAGUGGCUCCCCAUUAACGUCGAUCGACACUGACUCAGUAGAGAUCGGCCCUGGAACCUUGGUGAACCGACCAGCACGCUCCAACCCGAUGAAUAUGCCCAUUUCUGGAGGUAUGAGGCCAUUGGUACCCAUACUCAUUGAAUCUGGAUCAUGUAGUAGCUACGAACAAAGUCCCCGAAUGAUAAAUAUGAACGAGUUUCGGCAUCACGAGAACUUGGAUACGGAGUUCUCUUCGCUGGGGCCAGUCGAGUCCCAGCUGCGCGAAGAUCUAGCCGAUGCCAUGCGCGAAUCGCCCCUCAUUUCGGGACGUGACACCACAGGCUACACGAGCGCCACGCCUAUACCGGCCGGUUUAUCUUCGGUGUCCUCUUGCUCCUCUACUUCGAUCUACUCGUCAACGCACUCGUUGAACUCGAUCUGCGACCAAAAGCUAUCCCUUCCGAUGGUGACGGCAUCCGGUGCGUCAACCCAUGGACAGCUGCUGAAACACCACGUUUCACAUCUGCAGCAGCAUGACCAGCAGCACUCGUCGUCCCUUCCGACAAGCUGCUCGCGUCCUGCUUCCGCAGCGAGCAGUCGAGCAUCCGGCUCGAUGACGAUCACGAAAGUGGUAAACCCUUUGGGAACCGUAACAACGGUGUGCAGUGUUGAAUCCGAUGGACCUGAAUCGGGAGUUGAUUCCCGAGGAGCUCGGGAGUGCGAGGUUUAUAUGCACGAAAACUGCGACGAAGCGUUGUUCAGACCAGUAGUUACGGUUCAUGGUACGCCUGGAACAGAACAUGAACGACGUGGGUCAUCACUGGAUCGGUUGACCUCAAUGGUUACGGAUGAGAUGGAGCCAACUUCGCUGAACGCUAACCGAGAUUUGAUUGUACCGGUUAUCGAAGAAAGAAAUAUGGCACUUUUUAGCAAGUCCAAGAAAAGGGAGGAAGACAGCUUGGUGGCAAAGUUUGAGGAACUUUCUUCAAUCAAUAAGAAAAGUAAAAAGCAAAAAGAACCGGAAAUGAUCGAAGUAGAUGUGCCUGGAGAUUUUGUGGACGUGGAAGUAGUGGAACGAAAACCAGUGGCUCCAACCGGCGGCGGUGGCCGAAAGAAAGAGAAGUCGCCACCCGUUUCUGCUCGAAAUGAGAGGAAAAAGAAGGAACCUGAGCCUAUUGAAGUGAUCGAGAUAGUAGAUCCUGUUGGCGAAGACUUGAAAUUACCUGCAACGGAGAAGACAUCUCGUGGCAAAAAGAAAGAUAACGGCAAGAAAAAAGACGAUCCCAAGCCACAGCAACAGCAGAAAGUGGAAACGAAGCAGCAGAGAAGCACGACCGGCAAUGGUGGCCAAUCAACUGGCGGUAACAAUAGGAAAGAAACAAAGCAGGACAAUCGGAAGCGAAAAGAAAAGCAACAGCAAGCGUCGGUGAAAGUGCCGGACACGGUUGCGGAACCGGUUCCGAAGUCAGAAACGAAAAUCGAGACAGUUCCGCCGACGGUGCGAGAUGACGAUAUGCUCAAAUCGAUCUGUGACGAUUUCCCACCACUGGAAGCAUUGAAAAUUGACGAUUUGGAACUAUUUGGAGAGUUGAAUGAACCAGAAAAUCUUAAAGUGACCAAAGCGGAAAUAAGCGUUCAGGAAUCGAUGCUUGCUUCCAGUAUGGUUGGGGAAUGCGAAGAAGAACAGAUCAAAUCCGACGAGGCGGAAGCAUUGAUUCGGGGGAAUGAUGAAGACGUGCAAAGUGACGUGAUAAAAAAGAUAAAGUGUGCGGAGAUAGUGAAGAAUACGAAUGAUCUGAAGACAGUGGUUAAGGAGGAAGAGUUCUUUGACCUUUCGUCGAAAUAUGAGCUGGAGUUGCAGCCCUUGGAAUCGCUGAUUUGUAAGGAGUUGGAAGAUUUGGGUUACAGCGAGUGUGAGAAGAAAGGGCAGUUGCUUUUGAAGCAGCCAAGUGUGGAAAAGACCUUGAUCAGUUUUGAAAGCCCUCUUGAAGAGAAAGCAAAUGAGAAAGGAAAAUCAAUUUUAGAUGAUAGGAACAUUGUGUUUGCCAUGUGCUCAAGUUUGAAAGAAAUAGGCGAAUUCAGUGGGUCCCAGGUGUUGGGAGGUAGUCGUAGCCUUUCAUCUUCGAUGAUAGAACCGACAGUGUUGAAGCAGCAACUGUCGGUCGAAGGGCCGGAUUCGGACUACAAAAGUUUAGAGCUAGAGGUGGAUGAUAGUACAAUGUACAGUUCGCAGCUUCCGGCUUCAUCUGGGUCAGAUGAAGAUACGUCGAAUUCCAACUCAAACGAAGACCCCGAAGAGGAAGAAGAAGAAAUAAAAGAAAACCGCAAACUCGCGCAAGGCGAUGAUGAAGACGAGGAACUACAGCCACUGAUCUCGAGCAACAAAACUUCGUCCUCGUCGCUGUCGGCAACGGUCAUUUCCACCGUCGUCGGCGGUGGACUUGCGGAUAGUUUAAGCAGCUCCAUGACCGCUUCCGGUAUCGUGGCAGCAGCCGGAAGUCCUGCCAAGACAACAUCAUCAUCAACAACAACAAUAACAACAACGUCAGCACUGCCAACGACGGAAGAGAACCAAAGUGAGGAUAGCGGUAAGCAGAUGGCGACAACAGCGAAGCAAUCCAGCAAUGGUGGUAACAAUGGAAAUGGCAAGAAGAAGUCCAAGAAGAAGCGUAAAUAAUUAGCGGCACAUCAGCUAAUGGUGCUGCUGGCAGUCACCAGGAGAGAGCUACUGCCGCAACUGGCACUGGUGACUGCGGCAUCAUUGCUGGUCCUGCUGUUGCUGUUGUCGUAUCUCCUUCUGCUGCAGCUUUGCUAUAAACUAGUGUUAUGUUUAUUGUAUUAUUUAUAGAACGUUUCGACAAGUAUCUUUCCCUGCAUCCGCGUUAUUGGGGUUCCCGCGAUGACAUCAGAUUUUGAUUAAGCUGGCUUUAAGCGUGUGGCUGAACUACAAGCUUCUUUGCUAGUGACUUCCAAUGUCUUUUUCAUCGCCCUCUUUAUUUUUUUUGCGAUGAGAGUUAGUUAGAUGGAUAAAGUAUUUAUUAUGUUUAACGAUCGAAAAUAAUGUGAGAACAGCGAUCUAUCUAGCAAGUAUGAGUAGAAAAACAAACAGGUGAAUAAAAUGACACCAGACAGAAAUACCACUUGUUAGAUCAUUCGCCUUAACUGUAUAAAACACAGCCGCCCCCUCUCGUUUGUAUCGCAUCGACAAAUUGUUCAUACAUAAGUUAUUUAUUAGCGAAAUUCUUAUUUUACAACCAAACUAAUUUUGUUAACAAAUUUGUAGUCAUGUUUUAAGUAUUUUAUAACGAUAAAAACCGUUCAAAACAAAAACCACGUAGACGUUUUAAGGGCAUUGUUGAGGAAAAUAAUAUGAAAGAAAUCUGUAUUAUAAAGAACACAAAUAUAUUAGAUAAGAUACCUGCACACAUCCCUGAAGUUAUUAUUGUCUUCUAGUUUGUUUUCUGUUGGUUCUAAUUCAGAGGAUUCAUUCUACAUUUCGGUCGUAUAUCAUUUUAAAUUGUCGCAGUUUUCUGGCUUGACCAAUGCAAAUUCAAAAUUACAAGUAGCGAAGAAAGGAGCAUGUUCUAGAAUAUAAGAGCUCAAAAAGGACUGAAAAAUAAUAAAAAAAUAUGAAAAUACCAAGAUAAGGAAAAUAUCUAGUGCUAUAUAUUUUAUGAAGUUUUCGGGGUAAAUCAUGGAAUCAACAAAUUUUGUUACUUUUGUCGAAGAAACGAGUGAUCUUUUUGUUCUCAGUAAGGUAGUUUCAUUAAACGUACACAAAACAAAUAAUCCGGACGAAUGUAAAUCAUCACAUUGACACUCAAACACAAAUACACUAACAUACACACAAAGUAUAAAAAGCGCGUUCAUCAUUGUUGUUGAUAUUAAAAUCUCGUAACGCAACUUAAUAGUAACUAAUAGCAAAAAAGAAAGAAAAGAAAAAAAUGGGAUAUUUAUUAGCUUAGAGCGAAUAUUUUAAAUUACCAAUACAGUUCACCUCGUGAUUCACCAUCUCUAUUAGGCGAAGGACAGGGCAAGCACUCAUGUCUGAUUCCAUCGCGGCGGUCUAACUCAAGUUCCACGUGUUUGGCGACUAUGCGUUGCAAGAAAAAUAAAACUACUUUAUACUACUUAUUUUGGCAAGGAAAAUAAAAUAAAGAAAAAACUGUUUCAGAAA